ACUCCGUCAUAGACAAUGUGUUUUGACAAAGUUUACUUCGACCAAAAUGACGAGCAUCGUAAUUCGUGGUUAAAUUAAUAAAAAUAUCGUGUUUUAUUCAUCAUGACUGUGUGGCAGAAGUUGGAGAAUGAAGAGUGCUACGCUGUCGCCAUAUACAACUUCACCAGCGGCUCCCAGUUCCACCUCCAGCUGGAUGUGGGGGAGCUAGUGCAUGUGGAAGCAGAGACAGCCCACUGGUACUGGGGGCGAAGCCUCCGGAGAGAGGCUAGCGGUGCCUUCCCGAGAAACUACGUCGUUAUACGGGACUGCAAUGUUGACAGAUGCGGUGGCACAGUGGUCGCGUCAGCCGGCGGUAGCGGAGUAGCUCACGACAUAGCCCAGACCCUCAGGGAGUGGCUGGACCAGUGGAAGACGCUGUACAUCACAAAUGAUGAGCGCUUCAAGUUUAUGGAAGUGAGCAUGCGAGCGUUAUUGGAAUUAAGAAGAGAGGCGGCCAGCGGCACGCUGCCUCAGGACCAGUUGAAGCGCGUCUCCAGGACUGCCAUAUUCACCAUCGACAAGGGGAACAGAACCUUAGGAAUGGAGCUGGCAGUGAGAACCACGGGUGGUCAGCUAGUCGACCCUUUACAAACCUCCACCUACAGACUGAACUCGAUGCAUGAUGAAGCAAACGCACGCAUCGAUAAGAAUAUGGAGACAACCCCCACCACACAACCAGCAUCGACCCCUCCCACCGCUAGAACGUACACCAUAGCGUUACGCGUCCACAACUUCGUGUGUCGGAUGUCGGAUGCGGCCGAACUACAGCUGUCGCUAUACGACGCGGCCGGCAACAAGAUGACUGAACAUUUGCUGCUAAGAUGGCCGGUCACGAAUUUUAAUCCUGCGCAAGUAGUAUUUACUGACUUGUCGAGUGACGUGAAGAGAGAAAAAGUAUAUUUAGUGUGCCAUGUAGUAAGGAUAGGAUCUAUGGACCCACAGAAUAUUGAUCACAGACGGAGUUCCAUCGCCGCCGGCGCGCCGACUACUUUUUCGGCGGCCGGCGGCAUGCGGCGGCCUUUCGGCGUAGCGUGCGCUGACGUCACUCGCCACCUAGCCGCCGACAACCCUGACAAACACAUACAAGUGCCAUUUUACGCAUGUGAAAAAGAAAACAUGGACACGUUACUAAAGAAAGUCCUGACGAAUAGAGAUCUCAAAGACGCGAAACAUUCCCAAGGACUCUGGGUGUCGUUACAGCUAGUUGAAGGAGAUUUGAAACAGAUUCGUGAGGAAAACCCACACAUAGUGGUCGGCAACACAACAGUGGCUCGAAAAAUGGGUUUCCCAGAAGUAAUAUUGCCGGGCGAUGCUCGCAACGAAUUGUACGUGACGGUGGUCAGUGGAUCCUUCUCUAAAGGCGGCGGCAAGUCGUCUGAAAGAAACAUUGAGUUGGCGGCACGAUUGGUGGACAAGCAUGGACGCACUUUGUCGGGUGUAAUAUCGGUCGGCGCCGGCGUGAACCUAGUGGAUGAGUUCACGUCCAUAGUAUACUACCACGACGACCGGCCCCGCUGGCAAGAGGUGUUCAAGGUAUGGCUCCUUUU